AUGAGUUGGACGUUCCUCAGAGACCUCCUGAGUGGAGUAAAUAAAUACUCCACUGGGAUCGGGCGGAUCUGGCUGGCUGUCACGUUCAUCUUCCGUUUGCUGGUCUACAUGGUGGCGGCAGAGCAUGUAUGGAAAGAUGAGCAGAAAGAGUUUGAGUGCAACGUUAGACAGCCUGGUUGUGAAAAUGUGUGUUUUGACGACUUCUUCCCCAUCUCCCAGGUCAGAUUUUGGGCCUUACAACUGAUUGUGGUCUCCACGCCUUCACUUCUGGUGGUUCUACAUGUAGCCUGUCGUGAGGGUAGAGAGAAAAGGCACAGGAAGAAACUCUAUGUCAGCCCAGGCACCAUGGAUGGGGGCCUGUGGUACACUUACCUUAUCAGCCUCAUUGUUAAAACUGGUUUUGAAAUUGGCUUCCUGGUUUUAUUUUACAAGCUCUAUGGUGGCUUUAGUGUUCCCUACUUUAUGAAGUGUGAUUUGAAGCCUUGUCCCAACACUGUGGACUGCUUUGUCUCCAAACCCACAGAGAAAACUAUCUUCAUCCUCUUCUUGGUCAUUACCUCAUGCCUGUGCAUUGUGUUGAAUUUCACUGAACUGAGUUUUUUGGUCCUCAAGUGUUUUAUUAAAUGCUGUCUCCAAAAAUACUCUAAAACACUCAAGUCCUCAGUGUGUGAGUGCCACAACCUCAGAUAUGUUAAAUAUGGUGAGAUGGGGGCCCCUCCCUUGCUCCAGAAUCACCACUUAGACUCAGCCAUGAGCACAGCCCAGGGAGGGGAAACAAAGGUACUCUGUGGCACACAAGAGGCUUAA